AUGGCAAGUAGGAAGUUGAAACCGUACUGCCAAUCCCACCAGAUAAUCGUUCGGACCAGCCAACCCUUGAAAAAGAUUCUGGAAGGGAAAAACAAAUCGAGCUGCAUCACUGAUUGGGCUAAUCAACUAGCAGAUUUUGGCAUUGAAUACGAGCCACGAACGGCCAUCAAAGCCCAAGCCCUGGCUGACUUCAUUGCUGAAAGAACUAUCUAUCAUCCCGAAGCCAAUCAAGUGUGGAAGUUGUAUGUAGAUGGGUCCUCCAAGCAAUCAGUAAAAGGCGCAGGACUUCUCAUCGUAUCUUCCACCGGGGUUCGUAUGGAAAGGGCAGUCAGAUUCGAGUUUGCAGCAUCUAACAAUGAGGCAGAAUAUGAAGCACUACUCAUGGGGCUUAAAAUAUGCCAUGAAGCCGGGGCUAAAUCCUUAUCCGGUUUUUUCGACUCCCAAUUGAUAGUAGGACAAGUGAACGGGGAAUCGGAAGCCAAGGAUGAUAUCAUGAAGAUGUAUUUGCAGCAAGUAAAAGAAUUUGUCAAAAACUUCGACAAAUUCACAUUGGUUCACAUACCAAGGUCCCAAAAUGCACAAGCCGACUCCCUGGCAAAACUCGCCAGCUCAGCCGAAAUAUCCGCGGCUCGUGAUAUUAUCUGGGAAGUGCUUCCUAACCCCAGCAUCAACUUCAUGGUCAACACCAUUGAUAGAUCAGAAACGUGGAUGGAACCAUACAUCAAAUAUUUGCAAAAUCAGACGCUCCCCCAAGACGAGAAUCAGGCAAAAAUGCUUCAAAAGACGGCCAGAUGGUUCGCACUUCACGAAGGAACGCUCUACAAAAAAUCAUAUACACAUCCCCUUCUGAAGUGUGUUUCUCCUGAAGAAGGAAACUACAUCCUCCGCGAAAUACACGAAGGUGGAUGUGGAAUACACCAAGGAGUACGAACUGUGAUUGGCAAAGUCCUUAAAAAUGGAUACUAUUGGCCAUCUCUCAGGGGUGACACCGAAACAUUGAUCAGACGAUGUCCUCAAUGCCAAUAUCAUUCAAAGAUUGGAAGAAAACCGUCUAACUACUUGUCCGCCAUGCAAGCCGUCCUGCCUUUUGACAAGUGA